CUUGCAAAACUUCUGAACUUCGGGGAUCGUCGUAAGAUCAGAAGUUUUGCCCCUCGAUUUUAAGACAAAGGCCUGGGCCACUUCGCAGCUACUUCUUCGAGGGUUUUACAUUCCAGCAGUUGAAUUGUCAAUGAUAACCAAUACAGAAAUAUGGCAUCUGCAGAUCCAAAUAUGUUUGCGCUGCUUCGUGAAGAUGUGAAGUGCGCCAUCUGUCUAGAACAGCUCAAAAAGCCUCGUUUGCUCAUAUGUUUUCACAGUUUCUGUGAGAAAUGCCUGGAGAAAUAUUAUAAGGAAGAACAGUCUAGCAUUGGGAAGAUUGCAUGUCCGUUAUGUGACGAAGAGACCAUUCUCAACGAUGCGGGAAUAUUAGGCCUGAGGCAUGACUUUCGCGCCAUGACCCUGAUAGAACGACUGGAGAAAGAGAAGCCAAAGCAACAGCAGAAGACGGAGAAAGUGAUUAACAAACUUUGUGAGGUUUGUGGUAACAUUGAUUCAGAUACGGCAUCGCCCUUCUUCAACUGUACCGAGUGCAAGCUAGCUUUGUGCAUGGCAUGUAGUAAGAAGCAUAAGCACCACUGCAUUGCAGACAUAUCAAGCAGAACACCUGUCGCCGGGAUGGAUCUGGAGAAUAAUGAUGAUCCAGAUGGGAGGAUCUUUUGUGAGAAACAUGGAGGGAAGAAGAAAGAGUUGUUCUGUACAUUUUGUCUCAUUCCAGUCUGUCAGGUGUGUUCUAUCAAUGAACAUCGUCUUCAGGAAAACCAUAAGUGUGUAAAGGUUGAAGAUUUUGUCCCGAUGAUGCGCGAGAAAAUACAAUCACGAAUGUCAAGACUGGCUCAAGUGGGCGAACAGUGUGCGGCCAUUAUUCCCAUGAUUGAGAAAGCCGAAAAUCUGGCCAAGAAACAGAAAGAUGUUCUUGAUAAGCAGAUUGAAGACGAUUUUGAUGAAUACACCCAUUGUGUGAAAGUUAAGAAUGAAAAAUUCUUCGAAUUACGGAAUCAAACACUUAGUCAAUGGCAGAAGAUAAUAGAAGAUCGGACCAAAAUCAUAGAGAUAAUUCAGUUGAAGGCGGAAGAGACGCUAGAUCAGGGUGAGAACUACAGUCUUAUUGCUACCUUAUAUAACGGUCUUCUGGAAUCCCUUGACAGCCUUCUCUCGAAGGCGCCAGAGAAAUAUAUUCGCAAAACGAUCAAGAAAGUCAUGGAGGAAAGACAGCUUCAUUUCAGAUUGACGGACAACGGGUCUCCAAUUGAAGCUAAUUUGUUCACCAACCGUGAGGUAUGUGAGAAAAAGAGCAUCGACAUAGGCAUGCAGGUCCCAGGAGUGAUCAUCAAGGCCAUGAUAUUUACUCAUGAUGGGAGAGUAGCUAUUUUAGCGUCCCUUGCAGGACCUAGCACAACUGUAACCACAUCAAAGUACUACAUCGAAACAUGGCAGAAAAAAUACAAAGUAACAGAGGAUCGUCUGUGUCAAAUUGUUAGGUAUUUAGCAAUACUACAAACUACAGCUUCCUCAAAAGUGGCAACUAAAUUUGGCAUAGAGACAAGAAUCAUGGACUCCAAUACGUCUUCUUCGGAUUUUGCAUCGCUCUCAGACCUAAGGUUCGUGUUGGUUAAGUAUGAAAGCUGUCCUGGCAAACAAGCCCAUAGUGAUAUAUACCAUGUCAGGGAAUUACCUGGACCCAUAUCGGACGUGGCUACGGACCUUAAAGAUAACAUUUACUGCAGUGUUCCAAGCAGCAAAAAGAUAUAUGUCGUACGUAGCGACGGGCCCGUAACUAAAUCGAUUCCCACAAGCAACCUUGAGCCACAACGCAUUGCAAUUUGUCCACGGAGUCCUAACCAGAUCAUAUUCACCCACGGUUCAACAAAGAUCUCAAUCGUUGACUGGAGUGGAAAGCUUCUGAAGACCAUCACCCGUCCUGAAUGGAAAGAAGUUGCCAUCGGAUGCGACAACAACAAUAUACUCUAUGCCCUCUGGAAGAACGAAGCGGGGUUGAUAACUUUGCAAAGGUUCUAUUUGAAUGGAGACCCGUUGGAUACCCUCUUUCAAGGAGAAGCGCAUGGUUGUUCGAGACUUCUCCUAGCGGUAUCACCCAGUGGAACUGCAGCUGUUGUUACUGGUGAGGGCAGUGACUGCAAGGUGACGCUCAUUUCGACUGUGCGUGAAUUCACUGGCGACGAAACUUCCUUACCUAAAUAA